CCUAAACCAAUUGUUUCUAUCACUCCAAGUCAAUUCGUGCAAUGGCUCAUCUUGGUGAAUUCACUUUAAGAUCAGGCUAUUCAAUCCCCCAGUUGGGAUUUGGUACCUGGCAAUCAGCCCCCGGGCAAGUGGGCGAGGCAGUCUAUGAGGCCUUGAAGAUAGGUUAUCGUCACUUGGAUUUGGCUACAAUUUACCGAAAUCAGAGCGAGAUCGCGAAAGGUAUUCAGCGGGCGUACAAGGAGGUUCCUGGUCUGAAGCGUGAGGAUAUUUUUAUCACUUCCAAGCUUUGGAACAACCAACAUCAUCCUGAAGAGGUUGAACCCGCUCUUGAUGCGUGUCUGAAGGAAAUAGGCAUCGACUACAUUGAUCUCUAUCUUAUUCAUUGGCCCGUGGCAUUCGCGAAAGGCGAUGAAUUUAUUCCUCUCGAUGCGUCGAGCAGCCAUGAACGCGGCGAUGCACUCAUUGACGAGACUGUCUCUAUUAUUGACACGUGGAAGGCCAUGACUCAACUCCCUAAGGACAAGGUAAGGAAUAUUGGAGUUGCUAACCACAACGUUGAGCAGCUCGACGCUAUUAUCAAGGGCACCGGCGUCAUCCCUGCUGUCAACCAAGUUGAACGCCACCCCUUCCUGCUAGACAAUGAUUUGGUGAGGUACUGCCAUGAGAAAGGCAUCCACAUCACGGCAUACUCGCCACUUGGAAAUAACAACCUCGGGCUUCCUCUGGUGAUAACUCACCCUGUCAUUCAGGAAGUCGCAGCUUCCGCGUCUGAACGGCUCGGGGAACCAGUCAGCGGCGCUAACGUUGUCAUCGCAUGGGCUCAGGUUGGUGGCCACAGCGUGAUUCCGAAAUCCGUGACCCCUUCACGUAUUCGCGAAAACUUCAAGUCCGUCACCUUGACGGAUGAAGAGAUUUCGAAUGUUGAAUCCCUUGGGAAAGACCGAAAGCGCUACAAUAUUCCAUACUCCUACUACAAGCCCCGCUGGGAUAUCAAUAUUUUCAAUGAGCCAGAGGAGAAAGCGGCAAGCCGAAGACCCGUCUUCACUAAACGGGCUUGAAUGCUUUUCUUAUGCAACACACGUGUUCAAUCUGACAAAUAUUGUGGGAUGCAGGGUUUUGCAAGUAAAGCUCGGGGAUUUCUUGGAUGUUGCCUAACCCCUCCGCACACAUCAAUGGUUCCAUUAUCAAG